AUGAAGAUUGGACAACAGCUCAGGUUCAUUGUGAUCAACAAGCAGGCCGACUCUUUGUACUCGCUGAUCGCUAAUGGGAAACCCCGCAGAACCUUGUUGAGCCGUGACACGUGGAAGAAGCUGAUUGGGUCACAGGCCUCUUUGCAGCUCGACUGUGUCAAGGACGGUUUUAAUGCCAUAUCUGCCAAAAAGAAGUGGGCGAAAGCAAGAAUCGGUAUCGUUGGUAACAAUAAAGGCAGGUGGUAUUGCAGCAGUCAUAAUUCAAGAAUAGGGUUUGGUACUGGAGGGAAUCCCGAUGACUCAAACACCUGCGGCAACGAGGCAUCUAAUGAGAAACCAGAUAACGGACCCCGACAUAUCAAAGCUUUCGGAUACAUCUUGGUGCAGUAG